CUCUCUUCCUCCUCUUCCUCUUUCCCUCCCUCUUUCCCCACCCCACCCCCCACGUAGUGGCGUGGCUGCUACCCGGGAAGGGGCUCACUCGGAGUUGCAAGGGGAGGUAAUUUACUCAGAACAAGGGGCCGCCUUUUGGAAGUAUAAAUAGUGAGACUUCAAGCGCAGCGUCACUAUCAGAUCUGAACUCUCCCCGGGAAGAAUUGUCAAAGAUCUUAACACUGAACAAGCGCGCUCCGGCGGGGAAGCCUCAGUUCCCUUUUCCCUCCUGCGGCCCCCGCCCCUUCUCGCCUCCUCCUCCCCCUUCCUCGUCCUCCUCCUCCUCCUCUUCUUCUUCUUACUUCUUUUUCUCCUUCUACUUCUCCUCCUCUUUCUUCUUUCUUCUCUUCUUCUUUUUCUUCUUCUUCCUCCUCCCUCUCCUCCUCCACCCCCUGCCCCAUUGAUGUGUUAUUAUUGGGGGGGCUGGAGCAGUAAAAAACGAAGAAGGAAAAAAAGAGCGGGGCUCAGCAGGGUGAGGUUGAGCGCGGGGCUGACCAGAGGCUUCGGCGAUGGAAGAACUUACGGCGUUCGUCUCCAAGUCUUUUGACCAGAAAGUGAAGGAGAAGAAGGAGGCCAUCACGUACCGGGAGGUGCUGGAAAGCGGGCCACUGCGCGGAGCCAAGGAGCCAAGCGGCUGCGCUGAGCCGGGCCGAGACGACCGCAGCAGCCCCGCAGUCCGGGCGGCCGGCGGAGGCGGCGGCGGCGGAGGAGGCGGAGGCGGAGGAGGCGGAGGAGGUGCAGGAGGAGGAGGAGGAGCAGGCGGAGGAGCUGGAGGAGGGCGCUCUCCCGUCCGGGAGCUGGACAUGGGCGCCGCGGAGAGGAGCAGAGAGCCCGGCAGCCCGCGGCUUACCGAGGUGUCCCCCGAGUUGAAGGAUCGCAAAGAGGAUGCGAAAGGGAUGGAGGACGAAGGCCAGACCAAAAUCAAGCAGAGACGAAGUCGGACCAAUUUCACCCUGGAACAACUCAAUGAGCUGGAGAGGCUUUUUGACGAGACCCACUAUCCGGACGCCUUCAUGCGCGAGGAACUGAGCCAGAGACUGGGGCUCUCAGAGGCCCGAGUGCAGGUUUGGUUUCAAAAUCGAAGAGCUAAGUGUAGAAAACAAGAAAAUCAACUCCAUAAAGGUGUUCUUAUAGGGGCGGCUAGCCAAUUUGAAGCUUGUAGAGUUGCACCCUAUGUUAAUGUAGGUGCUUUAAGGAUGCCAUUUCAGCAGGAUAGUCAUUGCAACGUGACGCCCUUGUCCUUUCAGGUUCAGGCGCAGCUGCAGCUGGACAGCGCCGUGGCGCACGCGCACCACCACCUGCAUCCGCACCUGGCCGCGCACGCGCCCUAUAUGAUGUUCCCGGCGCCUCCCUUCGGACUGCCGCUUGCCACUCUGGCCGCGGACUCGGCCUCCGCCGCUUCAGUAGUGGCUGCGGCAGCCGCUGCCAAAACCACCAGCAAGAACUCCAGCAUCGCCGAUCUCAGACUGAAAGCCAAAAAGCACGCGGCCGCCUUGGGUCUGUGACGCCAACGCAAGGGCCAACGUUUGCGCCUCCGAGCGGGGCCCACCCUGCCCUCCCUCCGCGCCCUGCUGCUUCUCGGUCACCCCCUCAGAGCUCCGGAGCCAACCCUCUUUCCGCCCCGCUGGCCGUCCCUCUCUCUCUGCAUCCCGGACUCGGAGGGCAGGACUCUGCGCGGGACCCGGGAUCCCACUCGGCGCCAGCGUACCAUCCCCGUGGCACCUUCCCGUAUUACCCACAGGCCUAGAAUUUGGCUAAGUAGGAGCAGGUUUGGGGAAGUCUGGAGAGAGACUGGGUGACAAGGGAGUGCUGGGACCGCUGAGUGUGGCUCGUGGCAAAGCUGCAGCGAUGGACUCUUGCGUAGAAAAAAUCUUGUUGAUUUAAAAAGAAAAAAUAGAAAAGACAAACCAGAAAGGAAAAAAGAGAAUGGGAGCUUAUUUCUUAUUGAUAUUUGACAUAAGCUGCAAUCGGAGAGAGAACGACGGAAAAAAACAGUUUUAAAAAAUUAAAGUAUUUUAUACAUUUAAAAAUAUGGAAAAAUAACCUGGACAAAUCUCGAGAGAAUGGGGGGGGGAUGUACCAAGUUAAAUGAAUGGUUUUUUAAUGAGCUAAAACGGCAAAACAGAAGGAAGAGGUAUACUUAUUUAAAGAUUAAGAUGAAAAAAGUGCGCAGCUGGGAAGUUCACAGGUUUUGAAACUGACCUUUUUCUGCGAAGUUCACUUUAAUACGAGAAAUUUGAUAAGAGAGGCGGGCCUCCUUUUACGUUGAAUCAGAUGCUUUGAGUUUAAACCCAUCAUGUAUGGAAGAGUAAGAAGAGGGAAGACAGUAUGAAGACAAAGGGGGAAAAAUGAUGUUAAUACAAAAAAAAAAAAAAACCCAAUGCCA